UGAAACCAAAGGUUUGCAUACACAAUACAAUAAAAAGACAAAUAUAUCUUUUUUCCAUGAUUGACAGAUAAAUCAGUCAAACUUUUUGUCAUUUUAGAGAAAUUAUAUGUCAGAUUUAUUUAUUGAUGUCUUCAAAAUCAGAAGAUCACACAUAGAAAGAUUACUAUGUCUGUAAGCGAGGAGGGAAAGUCCAGAUAACAAUUCCAUGGCUUUGGAAACUUCUGAUAGGUUUACUGACAUGUUUGAGCUAAUUGGAAACCAAAGACCUUGUGAAGAUGCUGACUGAAGCUGGUAAGACAGAGUCAUCAUCUACCGUGAAAUAUGUUCUGUGCUGAAAAGCCACUAAGCAAGGAGGAAGCCAUUACUGCAAAAGAAAGAGGGGAAAAAAAGCCAGUGUGCUGUUUACAAAUGCACACAAGGACAAAGAUCUUAAUUUAUGGAGACAUGUCCUGUGGUCUGGGGAAACUAAAGAGGAACUGUUAGGCCGUCAUGAUGAUUGUUACAGGUGGAGGAGAAAAGGGGGCGCUUGUACGCCUCAGAAUUAAAGGUGGCUAAAUAAAAAAUAUACGCCACACUUUAGUUUCUUAUAUGUAAAAAACAAACCAUUUAUCAUUUUCGUUCUCUGUAAGAAUUAUGCACUACUUAGUGAUUAUGUAGCACAUUAAAUCCAAAUUAAAAUGUCGUUAUAAUGUGAUAAAGAUUUGAAGGACAUGGAUACUUUUCCAAGGUCAAGUACAGCACUCUUUUUAAGACUAAUGGAAAAUAUAACAAAAAUAGAAAAUUUAUAUGAAUAUGUCAGGUUCCUCCUAUUUUAUAUUGAUGCUUUCUCUUCAUUAAACACUCUAUAUUUUUAGUUAGGUGAAUAGAUAUCUCAUUGAAGACCCCUGUCCAGUCAGCUGACCAGGCAAGCUUAGAACAGUGUUUAUCUGCCUUUUCUGAUACUCUGUGGAUAAGAAAAAUUACGACUGGUUUACUUUUAAAUCUUCUUUGAGUUGCACAAAAUAGGACCAACAGGAAGUUUCACAGAUAUUUCCUUGAUAUCCUGUCAAUUAUUGAAUAAUAUUGAUUUUUGUGAUUUCCUGGGGGUGGGGAGUUAAGGAAUUUGUCAAUACUAUUAAAAUUGCUUUAUAAUAGCUUUCAUUUGUGUCAAAUCUAAUUGUAGUCUAUUUUAGGUGGAGUAGCAAACAGCUGCCUCAUGAUGGUGCUAGAGGAAAAGUAGACAUUUGACCAACGUCAUUUGUAUGGUGUGAAUGUCUGAACCAAUAAACAUGCCAUUCAGUGAAAACUGGUACUGGUAGUUUUUUUUUCUCAUGACAACAUCUGUGUUGGACCUUCUCACAGGUCAUUGUCUGAAUAUCUCAAAGUAGAUUUUAUAUCAUUGCAUAAAGGCCGACUGAAGAACUAAAAAUGAGUUUCCUGCUAACAGCUGAGAAUAUAUGAUGGUAUUUUGGCAUAGUCAUUGUUUUCUACACUGGUUAGCUCCUAUUGUCAGAAAACAAUGUUCUGUUUUUGCUCUCUCAGUGAGUGGCUGCCUUUUGCUUUCAUUCUGGUAAAUCUUUAGUUAUGAGUGCACACCUUCCUGUCUACCUCAAUCCCUCCCAUCUGUCUCUCUCUCUGCUUCUCUCUCUCUCUCUCUCUCUUUAUCUCUCUACCCAUACUUUUUUGCCUGAGCAACAGAGCAAAGAAAACAGACCUGUUUGUCUUACUGAAACCAGGAAACCAAUCAAAGGCAAGACAAGUAGGAACAAAAAGGGUGACCUGAAGAGAGAGAGAGAAGAAGCAGCUCUUUUUCCACGGUGCUGCAUGUAAAUAUACCUACUCCAUUGACCCUGAGAUUGUAGGAUUUUUAUUGCUGCUGAGAUAAAUUCUGGUAAGAAAAGUAUGGUGUUAAAGAGUGACUCUGUGUGUAUAGUAGAAGGGAGUAAAUAGGCUAAGAGGCAUCCAUAAAUGCUGCUUUUUCUUGUUUUGUCUACUUUAACAGAAGGUUGUCCAAUAGACCUUACAUUAAAUUUUCUUUUCAAGUUCUAACAUAUAAGUUAGAAGAGGACAGCAGUGUUUACUCUGGCCGUAAGUGCUCCAUAUAUUUUUUAGGAUGUAGUAGUAUGUGCACUCCAUAACAAAACAGCAUGAUGUGUGAUGUGCGUUGUGUGUGUUAGGUGGAACAACACCGGAUGCUGUUUGAAGAGGAUAGGAUGCAGCGCACUCAGAUCAACUUGAGGACUCUCGAAGAUUAUUGUACUGACUGCGAGUGUCAGUGUGAGCAAUCAGAAACCUGAACUUUGUAAGCUUUAGCUCCACCCAUUUUGUGCUUAUUAGUUCUCAUGCAUUCAAGACUGAACUUUGACAUCUCAUGACACAUUUUAAUAUUUAUGGUUACACACCCUCUUAUGCAGAUACAUACUGAAACACGGACGUUUGAGGUACUUUUUGCUUCACUUCACUUUCAAACACACAACCAGGAUCUUUAUGGCAGAAGCUGGUCCAGGAGCCUCAAGAAGCACCAGAAUGAGCUGCAAACCCUUGACUGGUGAAGACCUACGACUGAUGGAGAAGACCCUCAAAAAACUGGAAAGGCUUUCGGAGCUGUGUACGAACCCCCGCCUUGGCCUGAGGAACAGUCCACCAUUUCUGCCAGAUCUGGUUCGAGAGACUUCGACUUUGCUCACGCAGGUCUGGCUGCCCUAUCAAGGUGUCAGGACAGGAGGAGGUCUGGCUCCACGAGGGGAUGAGGCGAGAUACAUGAGAAUCCAUAUCAGAAACCUGCUGGAUAAGACGGACCGGGCCGUGCUGCUUUUCAAAGAGGGCCGAGAGAAGAUAUUUGAUGAGACAUCCAGCUACAGGAGGAAUUUGACCAAACUGUCCUUGCUGUUCAGUCACAUGCUGUGGGAGCUCAAGGCUAUGUUUCCAGGGGGAUAUUUUCAGGGUGACACCUACAAAGUGUCUAAGGUGGAAGCAGAUCAAUUCUGGAGGAAAUAUUUUGAAACCAUGUGUAUCGUGCCAUGGAGAAAAUUCAAAGAACAGUUGAAAAGUACACAUCCAUUUGAGGAAGGGAUGGAGGCCAUGGCUCUGAAAUCAACAAUUGACCUUACCUGUAAUGAUAACAUCUCAGUGUUUGAGUUUGAUAUUUUCACACGGCUAUUCCAGCCUUGGAAAUCACUUAUAAGAAACUGGAACCAGCUUGCUGUGACACACCCAGGCUACAUGGCCUUUCUUACUUAUGACCAAGUUGUAGGUCGGCUCGAACACUACCUGCACAGACCUGGGAGCUUCAUCUUUCGUCUGAGCUGCACCAAAAUGGGUCAGUGGGCCAUUGGUCAUGUGACCCCUGAAGGCGACAUCAUCCAGACAAUUCCACAGAACAAGCCUCUAUACCAGACACUCAUCCAGGGCCUCAAGGAGGGCUGCUACUUGUACCCAGACGGCCGUGACAUGAACCCUGACCUGACAAGCUUGUGUGAACCGACCAGCAGAGACAAAGUCAAAGUUACAGAAGAGCAGUACGAGAUGUACUGUGAGAUUGGAAGCACUUUCCAGCAGUGUAAGAUCUGUGCAGAGAGGGAUAAGGACAUUCGGAUUCAGCCCUGUGGACAUCUCCUGUGCCGGCCAUGUCUCACGGGGUGGCAGAAGUCAGCCGGCCACACCUGCCCAUACUGCCGCUGCGACAUCAGAGGGACCGAGUCCAUCCUCAUCGAGCCCUACAUGACAGGCCACAGGUGGGGGAAUGAUGAAGAUGAUGAUGAUGAUGAUGAUGAUGGCGAGGAGGAUCAUGAGGACAUUGAGGUGGUGGUAAAGGAAAUGGCUGCCCUCCGGAAGUUCUCAAGUUUGGACUCCCAGAUCAACAGUUCUCACCUCAGAGCUCCACCUUUACCCCCAAAAAACACCACUAACCCAGACUGCCCGUCUCCUAAGCCGUUUAGCAGACAUUCUCAAUCUUAUGAUGCGGCAUCUGAGAGACCAGAGGCGAACAGUUCCGGAUUCUUUGGCGAAGAAGAUUCUUCUUCUUCUUCCUCUCAAAAGGCUACAGACUGUGCAGCAGCAUGGGCCGGACCUUCCAGUCCAGUCCAAGAGAGAAGACAUAAAGAGAUGGAGAGAGGCGCAGCAAGACUCAGAAAAGACAAAACUGGCUUCGGAGAAAUAACAAGAACUAUGUCCUCCUGAUUGAACAAACAGAACGGCAACAUCUGAAGUCUAGGAAAUGUUUAACAAAGAAGUAAGAGGGACCUGAGAUAACUUUUUCAUAAUAAGACUUAAGUGAAUGUAAAAAAAAAAAAGAGGUGAGGAUAUCUCAUGUCUGAAAGGCCAUGCCUGCUGCAAACAGUUCUGAUCAGAAGUUUACAUCAACUCUUCAUCAACAGGAAUACCAUUUUCAUUGUGGGUUUUUCCUUAUUUGCUUAAAUUAUUUGUUAUUUUCUGGUGGACUGAUAAUACACCAUACAACUGUAGUCUUUUUUUGAAACAAGUUUAGAUUUAUUUUUGGAUUGUCUCUUGUCCACUCAAUGUCAAGCAGAUAUAAAAAGGCUGAAAUAUUCACAUACACCCCCUCUAUUUUUGUGUCCGUUAGCAAGUUGCAAAGAAGCUGUCGGUUUUUUUAGCUAGCUUUAUUUAGGUAGCUUUAUUUAAAAUAUAAAACUGCUAAUUUUAUUUGGUUGAUUUAGUGGGUAGAAUUGAGUAACUAAUCACUGUCCUUAAAUUUAAAUGAAUUUUUCCGCUGCCACAGAAGCUUAAUGUUAAAACCAUUCCAAAAUCGGUAUUCUUGUGACAACUGUUGUAAAGUUCAAAUUUUACACAUCUGACCCAAACACACAUUCAGAUUCAGAUGAUGAAAUAGUUUAAAAACCCAAGGCUAUCAUAAAUUUGAAGAUGAUGAGAAAGGAGCUUAACAAUACCAUGGAAUGAGAGGGUGUCCAUAAAGAUUUGAAGCUGCCAACAAGGACAAGACAAAGACAAACCAAUUUCACAGUGUGACCUAGAAUACUUAGAGGAGUAGAAAUGAGGCCAUUAAAUGUAAGAAUAUUUCACCCCCUGUCAACCGUGGUGAUGGCAGUAUUAUGUUGAAGGUUGGUACUGAGACUGCUGUAGCUAGUGCUUUGCACAAAGAAGGUGAAAUGAUGAAGCCUACCUCUAGCUGCCUAUAUUUCAUCCAGUUGGUUAAACUUGGACACCAUGGAGUGAUGAUUACUAGCAUACAUCAAAACUGGUUUUUAAAUGACUAAACUUGUCUAAUCUUAAACUUCUGGACUGGCCAAAAACUCAACACUAUUGCUCAUUUAUGGUUUGUAGUUAAAGCAGGGUAUUUGUCAGUAAUCCAACUGGUCUGAAUGAGUUGUAGCCCUUUUUUUCAUAAAAUGGGUGGUAAUAACAUUCAGCUAAAACUAUGCCAAUGGCAUGUUGAUUGCUACAAAAAGGGUCUACUUUCUCUACAACUUGCUGAGGGUCAAUAAUCCAAAUACCACCAGGGCUAUAUGUGUGUGUAAGUCUAGUAAUUAUAGAACAUCCAAAACAAUUUCCAAUUUAUGUACACAAUUCUUGGUUUUAAAAAAAUCAUUACAAGUGGAAGCUGAACUAUCAGCUCACAGUGAAAACAGAAUGAUCCAAAUAAAUCAUUAAAAGGCACAAACUAAUUUGACUUUCAUGUAAGUGAUGGUGUGAAUGUAAACUUCUGAUGAGAACUGCUGCUGAAAAAGAGGAGUGGGAGAUAAUCCCUCUGUGGCAACCUGCUGUUCAAUAAUCACAUUGACAUUAUCAGCACUUUGAAUUCAUCCCAACUUCUAAAUGUAGUCUCGCACACCAUCUUCUUUGUAAUCAAAUCAUCUACUCAGCCUCCUAGAUAUAAAAAAACAGACUUGAAUUAUGAAUGAAUUAAAUUAUGAAGACACUGGAAGAGGCUAAUUGCUUGCCAAGAGCAAACAUUGGGUAAACGAUGAAAAUUGCUACCCAAGCCACAUUCAAACAUGAAAGAAAAAGCUUGUGAUUUUUCUUUUUUUUUUUUUUUUCCCUUGUGCUUGAGUUUCACUCGAGCUGUUUCAGACUUAUUAGUAUUUACUUCCUGUUGGAAAAAGUGUUUUAAACCCUGAUAUGUAUUGUCUUUAAAAUAUGUGAGAAAGUGUGUGAAAUCAUAUAGAAAAAACUCAAGUGAGUUCAGAGACCUGAAAGAGAAGAACAAGGAAAAGUUAAAAGUAGAAUAACCCAUAAAUUGUGAAAAUAAGGUCAAUGAACUCGGUUGGGAGGAGAGAAGAAUUUAUAUAUUUUUUAAAGGAUUGGCUGCAAGAGUGUCUUCAAUCCAGUAGAGGAACUCGCAUACUUUAACAUAAACUCCAGGGUAGUUGGGCUGAGCGCAGCCUUGACCCCAUGACACCAGGCCGUGCACUUCUCCAACACACACCAGAGGGCUGCCAGAGUCACCCUGAAACACACACAGAGUAAAAGUGUGAAGCUCCCAAACAGAUCCACAUCUGUUGGUUUAGUUCUGGGAGACUCACAUUGCAUGCGUCUCUGCCUCCAUCCAUGUAACCAGCACACACCAUCCUGCGCGUGAUCAUGCCUGGAUAGGCGUUUUCACAGUCCUCAUCAUCCACUAUGGGUACAUCCAAACACUGCAGACGGGUGGGCAUGUUUACUGUAACAGAAACACGGUGGAGACUCUCACAGAAACCCCAAAUUAUUCACGCAGUUACAGGGUUGAUGUUGUCCAAUUUGAAUCACCUUCUUCACCAUCUUUAGCAGUGUUCCCCCAUCCAGACACGGAGCAGGGGAGGCCUCCCAUUGGACAGCCAGUGGGUAGUGAGAUGGGUGCAACUGCCUCAGUCACCUCCACUGGAUGGAAGAGCUUGAUCAGCAUGAUGUCAUAGUCCAGAGUCUGGUAGUCAUAGCUACACAUGGAGAAAACUAAAACUCAAAUGCUUCUCUGCACUGAUUGCAUGCAUGAAUUAAAGAUACUGAAGCUUGCUGCUGUAUUUCGCACUAUGCACUGGUAUGGAAGAAAGAAAGAAAAAAAGCCUUUUUAUUGUUACAUUGUGCUGCUGUAGCCUUUUUUGAUAUUCUGUUUUUUAAAGCUGACUUUGUGAGUUCAUUAGCCUCAAAGGUUGUAUCAUGAAACUUUUGUUCAGGAUGAGGUAAAUCAGCCAUUAGCUCAAAGUUAUCUCCAGCUUUCUUAUUCAAAAUUCCUGUUUGGUAGUUGAUGAUCCCCAGUGGUUUGGAUUUUGAAUCCUUUCUUUUGAUAUGCACACAGAGACAAGAGGGAAAUAACUGUGAAGCAUAGCUUGUGCUUAAAGGGAAGAGACAGGGAAUGUGAAGUGCUGUGAUGUAUUCACUUUGGGUGCCAGAUGAUGGUGUCAGUCUUCAUGAGUUGCUCUGUUCCCUCAAAUACACGUACAUCAUGUUCUCCCAGGAAGAUCUGCAUCGAAUAUGGACUGACAGAAGAAACAUGCACAGCUUGAUGCAGGAAAAUACUUUCACAAUCACAGAUACAAUGCUGUACAUGAUGAUAUCAACAGGUUCAUGUAUUUUAACCAUGUAUUUAUUUUUCUGUUGGUCAUUAAAGCUUAAAGAUAAUACAAACUCAUAAUGGAGUUAUCAAAAAAUGUGAUUAAUGUGAUUUUUCUUUCUUUUUUUUACCAGUAAAAAAUAUUGUAAUACAGA